AUGGAGGCUCUCCUUCGCCAGUCCAAGGGCGUCUGCCCCUUCUUGAAGAAGACCUCUCCCGCAACUCUGCGCUCCCUCUCCAGCUCCACCCACCAAUCUCCUGGUGGCGGUGCCAUUACCAACUUGCAAUUCAUUGCUCGACGAUGCCCUGUCAUGAACAAGGCCCUCGCUGUCCAGAGCGCUCGCAUUGGCUCUCACCGCAGCUAUGGGAAGCUGGCUACCGGAACUGGUGUGGUCAAGUCUCUCCUCGAGAAGAAAUUGCACACUUCCUCCGACAAGAAGGCCAGCGUUGAUACCAACAUGUUUCGUCCUGCCCAACCUGCUCCACCACCAACCAAAUCCCAACCCGCUGUCAAGAACCCCGAUACCUAUGCUGGUCCAAAGCCGAAUGCCCCACCUACGCCCCGCUACGACUAUGAAGCAUUCUACAACAAGGAGCUUGAAAAGAAACACAAGGACAAGUCUUACCGCUAUUUCAACAACAUCAAUCGUCUGGCCAAGGAAUUUCCCCGGGCUCACAUGGCAGCAGAGGAGGAACGAGUCACCGUGUGGUGCUCCAAUGACUACCUCGGCAUGGGCCGCAACAAGCACGUCUUGAAAACCAUGCACGAAACUCUUGACAACUAUGGCGCCGGCGCCGGCGGAACUCGAAACAUCUCGGGUCACAAUAAGCAUGCUGUCGCCCUUGAACGGUCCUUGGCCGAUCUUCAUGGCAAAGAAGGUGCAUUGGUCUUCUCGUCCUGCUAUGUUGCCAACGACGCUACCUUGGCUACCUUGGGUAGCAAGUUGCCCGACUGUGUCAUCUUGAGCGACAGCAUGAAUCAUGCUUCCAUGAUCCAGGGGAUCCGUCACUCUGGUGCAAAGAAGAUGGUCUUCAAGCAUAAUGAUCUGGUCGACCUCGAAAACAAACUCGCCAGCCUUUCUCCAGAACAACCCAAAAUCAUCGCCUUUGAAUCUGUCUACAGCAUGUGUGGCUCCGUUGCUCCCAUCGAGGCCAUUUGCGAUUUGGCUGACAAAUAUGGUGCCCUGACCUUUUUGGAUGAAGUCCAUGCUGUCGGCAUGUAUGGCCCGCGAGGUGCAGGUGUUGCCGAGCAUCUCGACUACGAUGUCUAUGCCAAUCCUAACAGGACCAAGGCGUCUCAGAAGGGCUCUGUUAUGGAUAGAAUCGACAUUAUUACCGGAACACUGGGCAAAGCAUACGGCUGUGUUGGUGGCUACAUCGCCGGCUCCGCCGCGUUGGUCGACACAGUUCGAUCUCUUGCUCCCGGUUUCAUCUUCACCACCAGUCUUCCUCCUGCAACCAUGGCGGGCGCCCGCACUGCCAUUGAAUACCAGGUUCGGUAUCAAGGAGACAGGCGUCUCCAGCAGGUGCACACCCGAGAGUUGAAAAACGACCUCACCGCGCGUGGAAUUCCAGUCAUGCCCAACCCUUCUCACAUCGUCCCAAUCCUUGUAGGUGAUGCCGAAACCGCAAAGAAAGCAUCCGAUAUGCUUUUGAGCGAUUAUGGCAUCUACGUUCAAUCCAUCAACUAUCCCACCGUGCCCAGAGGUGAAGAGAGGCUCCGCGUCACCCCUACACCAGGCCAUACUGCCGAGCUGCGAGCCGAGCUGGUGAGCGCUCUCGACAACGUCUGGAACCGCCUUGAGAUCAAGCGCGUGGCCGACUGGGAAGCCCAAGGUGGAUUCGUCGGUGUCGGUGUCAAGGAUGCCAAGCCUGUCGAACCCCUUUGGACAGAUGCCCAGAUCGAACAUGCCAACACAACUCCUGAGCCUGCAUUGGAUGAGGCACUCGAAGAGCGCGUAAUGCCUGUUGCCGCUUCAGCAGCGUAA